UCAGAAAUGGAGGUGAAGGCGAACGGUGGGAAACCAACAAGUUUGGUUUUUGGUGUUAAUGGUGUGAGGUUUGAGCUAUCCAACGUUGACCCAUCAACCACUUUGCUCGAGUUCUUGCGUACUCACACUCGCUUCAAGAGUGUCAAGCUCGGCUGUGGUGAAGGUGGUUGUGGUGCUUGCGUUGUUUUAAUCUCCAAAUAUGAUCCUGUGCUUGACAGAGUUGAGGAUUUCACAGCAAGCUCUUGUCUCACACUACUUUGCAGUAUACAUGGGUGUUCAAUAACAACAAGUGAAGGCAUUGGAAAUAGUAAAGAAGGAUACCACUCAAUUCAUGAUAGAUUUGCCGGAUUCCAUGCUACUCAAUGUGGCUUUUGUACUCCUGGAAUGUGUGUUUCACUCUAUGGGACUCUUGUCAAUGCUGAAAAGACUAAUCGUCUUGAGCCACCUUCUGGGUUCUCAAAAGUAACUGUUUCUGAGGCUGAAAAGGCUAUUUCAGGGAACCUUUGUCGCUGUACUGGGUAUCGACCCAUUGCUGAUGCCUGCAAAAGCUUUGCAUCUAAUGUUGAUAUGGAGGAUUUGGGGUUCAACUCUUUCUGGAGAAAGGGAGAUAGUAAGGACUUAAAGCUUAGUAGGUUGCCUCACUAUGACCAUGAUCGCAAGAAUAGUAGAUUUCCUUUGUUUCUGAAGGAAAUCAAGCAUGAUGUGUUCUUGGCUUCUGAGAAACACAGUUGGCACGGACCUACUAGUCUAAAGGAGCUUCAGAGCUUAUUGGAAUCAAACCAAUCCAAUGGAACCCGGAUAAGACUUCUUGUUAGUAAUACAGGUACGGGAUAUUAUAAAGAUAUAGAAGGCUAUGAUAAGUAUAUUGAUCUAAGGGGAAUUUCUGAGCUCUCAAAGAUCAGAAAAGAUCGAACAGGGGUCGAAAUUGGAGCAGCAGUGACAAUAUCUAAAGCUAUUAAAGCACUGAAGGAAGAGAGCAGAAGUGACUUUCUCUCAGAUUUUGUAAUGAUACUUGAAAAGAUUGCUGACCAUAUGAACAAAGUUGCCUCAGGGUUUAUUAGGAACACAGCCAGUGUAGGUGGCAAUUUAGUGAUGGCACAAAAGAAUCAUUUUCCCUCGGAUAUUGCUACAAUACUUCUUGCUGUGGACUCAAUGGUUCACAUAAUGACUGGUUCACAUUUUGAGUGGCUGGCAUUGGAGGAAUUUCUGGAAAGACCACCAUUAAGCUUGGAAAGUGUACUCCUAAGCAUUAAAAUUCCAAGUUUGGAACUUAUUAAAAGUGAAUCUUCAGAACAAAGAAGUAGAUUUCUCUUUGAAUCUUACAGAGCUUCUCCUCGACCCCUUGGGAAUGCCCUUCCCUACUUAAAUGCUGCUUUCCUAGUUAAGGUGUCUCCAUGCAAGGAUUCUGGUGGAACCGUGAUAGACACUUGUAGGCUGUCUUUUGGUGCUUACGGGACUAAGCAUGCAAUCAGAGCAAAAAAUGUUGAGGAGUUUUUGGCAGGAAAGCUGUUAAGUGUUAACAUUCUGUACGAAGCUGUCAACUUGAUUACAGCCACUAUUGUACCUAAAGAUGAAGACUCAAAAACCACGUACCGUUCAAGUUUGGCAGCUGGUUUUGUUUUCCAGUUCUUUAGCCCACUGAUUGACAGUCCUUCUGGAAUAACCAAUGGUUAUUCAAAUGGAUAUACUAAUCUGCCUUUUGUGAAGGAUUUUGAAGUAAAAGAGAAUCAGAUGCAGGUUCAUCAUGAAAAAAUUCCAACUUUACUUUCAUCUGGGAAGCAAGUCCUUGAAGCAGGUAGUGAGUAUCAUCCCAUUGGUGAGCCAAUCGUGAAAUCUGGAGCUGCACUACAAGCUUCAGGUGAGGCUGUGUUUGUGGAUGACAUUCCAUCACCACCAAAUUGCCUACAUGGAGCAUAUAUUUAUAGUGCGAAACCUUUAGCAAGGGUAAGGAGUAUAAAACUCAGGCCUGAAUUGCUACUGGAUGGAGUGAGGGAUAUCAUUUCAAGUAAAGACAUUCCCAAUGGCGGGGAAAACAUUGGAUCUAAGACUAUAUUUGGUAUAGAACCUUUAUUUGCAGAAGAAUUAGCCAGAUGUGUUGGUGAACGUCUUGCAUUUGUGGUCGCAGAUACUCAGAAGCUUGCAGAUAUGGCUGCAAACUCAGCUGCUGUUGAUUAUGACAUUGAAAAUCUUGAACCACCUAUUCUAUCUGUUGAAGAUGCUUUUGAAAGGUCUAGCUUUUUUGAAGUUCCUCCUUUUCUCUACCCAAAACAUAUUGGUGAUAUAUCGAAAGGAAUGGCUGAAGCAGAUCAAAAGAUUCUUUCUGCUGAGAUGAAACUUGGGUCUCAAUACUAUUUCUAUAUGGAGUCACAAACUGCACUUGCUGUACCAGAUGAAGACAAUUGCGUUACAGUUUACUCUUCAAGCCAGUGCCCUGAGGUUACACAUUCUACUAUAGCAAGAUGCCUAGGUAUUCCUGAAAGUAAUGUUCGUGUAAUUACAAGAAGGGUUGGAGGAGGUUUUGGCGGAAAGGCCAUAAAAGCCACGGCUAUUGCUGCAUCAUGUGCACUAGCAGCACACAAAUUAUGCCGCCCUGUCAGGAUGUAUCUAAAUCGAAAGACAGAUAUGAUAAUGGCUGGAGGAAGGCAUCCCAUGAAGAUAACAUACGGUGUUGGGUUUAAGAAUGAUGGGAAGAUUACUGCAUUAGAACUUCAGAUAUUGGUCAAUGCUGGGAUAUAUGUGGAUGUAAGUGCAAUAAUGCCGCAUAACAUAGUUGGCGCACUUAAAAAGUAUGACUGGGGUGCCCUAUCUUUUGAUAUAAAGGUAUGCAGAACAAAUCAUCCUAGUAGAUCUGCAAUGAGGGGCCCUGGGGAAGUGCAGGGAUCAUUCAUUGCUGAAGCUGUAAUAGAAAAUGUUGCAGCUACACUUUCAAUGGAUGUAGAUUCUGUCAGAAGCAUUAAUCUUCACACACACAAAAGCCUUCAGUCAUUCUAUGAGAAUUGUUUUGGUGAACCUCAUGAGUAUACUUUGCCUUCAAUAUGGAGUAAGUUAGCUGUUUCUGCAAACUAUGACAAUAGAAACAAAAUGGUAGAGGAGUUUAACAGGAUUAACACUUGGAAAAAAAAGGGAAUUUCUCGGGUACCAGUUGUGUUUCAACUGACUCUAAGACCAACUCCUGGAAAAGUAAGUAUUUUAUCAGAUGGGUCUAUCGUUGUUGAAGUUGGAGGAAUCGAAGUUGGUCAGGGUCUAUGGACAAAGGUGAAACAGAUGGCUGCAUUUGCUCUCAGUGCUAUUCAAUGUGAUGGAACUGGGGGUCUCUUGGACAAAGUACGGGCUGUACAAUCUGAUUCGGUGAGCUUGAUUCAAGGGGGGUUCACAGCUGGGAGCACUACAUCAGAGUCAAGCUGCGAAGCAGUUAGGCUUAGUUGCAAUAUCUUGGUUGAGAGGUUAAAGCCUCUCAAGGAAAAGCUGCAGGAGCAAAUGGACUCUGUAAAGUGGGAGACACUUGUUCUUCAGGCAUACAUGCAAGCUGUGAACUUAUCAGCAUCUUCAUUUUAUGUACCCAGUAAUAAUUCUACGAAUUACCUUAAUUAUGGUGGUGCUGUAAGUGAGGCGGAAAUUGAUCUUCUAACUGGAGAAACCAGAAUUUUGCAAACUGAUAUUAUCUAUGAUUGUGGACAGAGUCUCAACCCUGCUGUGGAUUUAGGACAGAUUGAAGGAGCUUUUGUCCAGGGGUUGGGCUUUUUCAUGCUUGAAGAAUACGAAACAAAUAUGGAUGGUUUGGUGUUAGCAGACGGUACAUGGAACUACAAAAUCCCUACAAUAGACACUAUACCUAAACAGUUUAAUGUGCAAAUCCUCAACAGCGGGCAUCACCAACAUCGUGUUCUUUCUUCAAAGGCUUCUGGCGAGCCGCCCCUGCUUCUAGCAGCUUCCGUUCACUGUGCCACGAGAGCAGCUGUCAAAGAAGCAAGGAAACAGCUUCUUUCAUGGAGUAACUUAGAUGGACCAGAUUCAACAUUUCAGUUGGAGGUCCCUGCAACCAUGCCUGUGGUAAAGGAACUCUGUGGACUUGACAUUGUAGAAAGAUACUUGAAAUGGAAAAUGGGUAGGACUUAAAAGUGCUCAUCAUCCUAGAAAAUUCAGAAAAGUAGUUUGUUUUUUCUUCAUUUUUUUUAAUCCUUUUGGUAAAAAAAUAAGUGGUUUUUUUUAAUAUUUUUAUUUCACAUAAUGAUCAUGCUAGUGAAAGAUUUUGAAAUUAUACGAGGUAUGUUUACAGUGAGAAACAUAUAGGCUAGUUCUGCUGGGUAGUUUUUGCAACAAGGAAAAGGAUUAGCUGGACAGUUACAUUUAUUAUGUCU